AUGGCUCCCUCGUUGCCUUCUCUGCCCGUAAAGCAUCACGAUUUCGUGCAGUAUAUUAAAUCGCACCCAGGGACACCCAUUGAGGAACUUCUCAAGCCUUACAAUGAAUUUGAUGUCUCUGCUCGAAAGAUCUUUGCUCAGGAUCCAUCACAUGCUUUGGUGAAGGAUAAUCAUGCCAAUAUUGUUCCCCUCUUCGACACCACAACUGGCUCGACGGAUAUUCGUGUUAGGGCACGCGAUCUGAACACAGAGACACCUGAGCAGAAAGAGAAGUAUAUUCUACCUAUCCCCGACGAUAAGCGCAGAAUCAAUGGUUCGCCAGCUGUUGUUCCCACGCUGGCUGAAUUCCAGAACAACUUUGCUCUCUUCACAGAGGGUGCAUUGAGUGAGCUGGAUUGGAGUAAUGUCGUUGCUGCUGGCAGCGCUGUUGUGACGUCUCUUCUUCCUGUGCCUGAGAAGUACCGCAACUCCAAGCGUGGCCUCCGCCAAUUCUAUCAUGAAGAAUUUGCCCCAGCGUCAGACGUCGAUUUGUUCUUGUAUGGCUUGACCGAGGAAGAAGCCAUUGAAAAGAUCAAGCACAUCGAAGACAAGAUCCGUAACACGAUCUUGUAUGAGACGACCACCAUCCGCACAAAGAAUACUAUCACCAUUGCAUCUCAGUAUCCCACCAGACAUGUGCAGAUCGUGCUUCGCAUCUACCAUUCAGUGGCUGAAAUUCUCACUGGAUUCGAUGUGGAUUGCUCCUGUGCGGCGUACGACGGCCAACAAGUCUAUGCGUCUCCCCGUGCGAUCGUCUCAUACAUCACCCAGAAAAACCAAAUUGAUUUGACACGCCGCUCUCCAUCUUAUGAGAAUCGCCUUUCCAAGUACUCCCACCGUGGGUUCGAAGUGUUCUGGUCCCCACUUGACCGGUCAAAGGUCGAUCCGACCAUUUUCGAAAGAAGCUUCAUGAGAACUGAAGGACUGGCACGGCUCUUGGUUCUCGAAAAACUCCCGAAGCCGGGAGAUCGAGACACCUAUCUGAGAAAGAGACGCGAGGAGCGGGGACGACCUCCUCUCAGCCUCUAUCUGCGACGUCGUCAAGGAAAAGAGUUGCACGGCAAUAUCAAAGAUGAUUGGGAAGAUGAAGUUCCAGAAUGGCAAGAAGAGGACCAAAUCUCGGACUACCAUACCUUCACAAUCCCCUAUGGCCGAAGAUUCAAUGCACGAAAGAUUGAGAAGCUAUUGUACACUAAGGAUCUACUUCUCAACGCGCAGUGGAAUCAGAAGAAAGAUCGCGAGGUUUAUCUUCACCGCCACCCUGCCUUCUUUGGCGAAGCCGAGCAUGUCAUUGGAGACUGCUGUGGAUCCUGCCCUCAGCCAGUGACUGAGGAAGAGCGCAAAGUGGCAGAGGAAGAGAGCAAGAUCUAUAUCUCCGGAAAUAUCAGCUUUAUCAAGGAUGAUCCAGGCCGGCAAGAGAUCGGCAGUUUCAACCCAAUUACCGAGACGGAUUGGACUGAAAUGGCAUAUAUCGGCCCCACUGAGUUGCUCUGCCAGGCCAUCGUGUCUUAUGACCUGGAAGCUGUGAAGCAAUUCCUAGACCAGGAGGACUCGGAUCCAGACCGCCGAGAUUACACUGGGCGUACCCCUCUACAACUGGCCUGCAUGUGUUCUACGCCCGAAAUUGUUCAGUGUCUCGUGGACCACGGUGCUAGGCUAAUUGCUCGGAUGGCCGAUGGGCAGACGGCACUGCAUCUGGCUGCUGCUCGGGGCGCUACCGAGAUUGUUUGCGUUCUUCUGAAGAAGAGCAAUGAGAACGAGGAAGCGGAAAAUCAGAAAGAAGACAAUCAGAAAGCUACGCCAAUGGAUGUCGAUAGCCCGGAAGACGAUGACGAAGAGGAUGAUGAGGAUGAUGCUUCGCGCACGUCUGCUUCGUAUGUCAAGGUGGACAAAGAGAACGAUGACGAAUUGGCACCCACCUUUGACACCAUUGAAGAGAACGACAAAGAUCCAGAUAUCUACGACAUCAACGUGACUGCAUGGGACAAUCUCGCAUCGCCACUGCAUCUGGCAAUUCUCCAUGGCCACGUUGAAACUGUCAAGGAGCUCGUUACUUCCUUUGGAGCAGAUGUGUUGAUGCCGAUCAAGAUUACGGACGACUACAGUAAGCGACCUAAAGCUGCAAUCUUGACGCUGGUCUUGGUUCUUGCUCUACCAUUGGACAAGGCGAGAGAGAUGUCCCAAACGCUUCUGAAGCUUGGUGCUUCCCCAGCCCAGGCUGACACUUCUCAUUAUACGGCACUUCACUAUAUCGCGCAAUCUAACUAUAGCGAGCUUCUCGACAUCUACCAAGAGCAUGAUGGACCGGCUAUGCAACGAGCCCUUAAUCACAUGGUGGUCCAAGGCGCCUGGUACAGCUCAAGCUACACUUUCUCUUCAGCUUUGGUCAACGCGUUGUGUGCCAAGAAGCCCGUCGCAGCAAAGAAGCUGCUCGAUAUAGGCACAAAACCUAGUAACGAGCUAGCUGAUUGCUUGAAAGCCUUGAAGUCGCAGAUGGCCGAUGCAAUGCGUUAUGGUGGAGAACAAAAGCUUGCGGACAAUGUCCCCAAGCAGCCCAUCAUGUAUGCCAUUGAGAAUGAUCUACCACUUAUGGCAGUUGAUCUCUUGCAACGCGGCGUUGACCCCAACACCGAACAUGAUCGAAGACACAAUUUCCGUGAAACGGCGCUGGAUUGCACGAAGCGAUGCGUGAAAGAGCUGGAGCACUCGCUGAAGAAUGAGACACCCAUGCACCGUCCAUACGGGAUCCCUGAUCCUGUCAUUUUCGAGCAGGGUGAUGACUCGUAUCUAGCUGAAUUCCAAGAAGGUACUUACAAGCAGUUUGCAGCAAAAGCUCAACUGAAGAAGGCCAAGGACAACAAUAAGAAGGCCGAAGAGCACGACCAGCGUGAGAAGGAACAGGUGGCAGAGGAGAAGCCCGGUGAGGCUGAGAAGCGAGAGGCUGUCAAGGAGCUGAUCAAGAACUACGAGUUGCUCAUGGAGGAGUUAUUGUCAAGAGAUGCAAAGACUUGGGAGGAGCUUCACCCCGGAGAAACGCAAGACCCUGGACACCGCCAAAACCGGAGGAACCAGCAGAAGCAGAAACCUAAGAAGACGUUCAAGAUUGAAUUCUUCAGCGAACUGGCAGGUCUUUCUGAUGUUGCACGUGAAGGAUAUGAACGACUAUUCGAGGCCGCAUGGAAUGGAGAUCUCGACACUAUAAAGUCCCUCACCCUGUGCAUGCAGGGCCCCGCCAAAGACCAAUUACCUCUGCAUGUCACUAGGGUUGAUACCUCGGGACUGACCUGUCUGCAUAUCGCAGUAAUGCGGGGCCACCUUCGCGUUGCCAAGGCCAUAUUGCAGAUUGUUCAGGUCCAGUACAAGGUGAAAGAGCCUAAAGCUCGGCAGCACUUUGAGAUGGACAUUGAUACAGACGGUGAAUCCGAUGAUGAGGGCCUCAACAUUGUCGGUCACACUGUGGACGAGCAGUUCACCUACGAGAAUGUCGGAGAAGUUGCCGGUCGAGUUGAGAGCGAUGUCUCGCCGCGUAUAGCACUGUUGCGAGCUUUCCCGGUCCGGCUUUUCUUGGACGGGGAAAUUCCCAACAAGGAUAACCUCCGACUUGUGGGGAUGAAUAAUUGGAGUGGCGCUUAUUUUCAGCAAGUCAAUACCUUGUUCAAAUACGCCAUUUACAAGAACGACCUUCGUCUGCUCGACUGGCUUUUGAAAGUCGGACACGACUGCGCAAGUACCGAUCCCUCAGACAAGACGGCAUUCACUCUUGGCCAAGAGGAACUCCAGCUGGCAAUGGUCCUAGGCCACACUGAAUGUCUCGGCAUGCUCAUCCAAGGCACUGCCGCCGGUCUUCCUCUCCAGAAGAUGAGUAAGGAAUCUGGAAUCGCUGCUCGCGAGGAGCCCCAGUAUUACCAGGGCUUGUCCAUUCGCGGUCAGAAGCGCAAGGAUUGGGCGGAUGCUGGACGACCAGAAAACAAUGCCGUCACUCGUGGAAAUGAAGCCGGCCGGCCGCCUGUGCUUGUCUCUGCGUUGCAGGGGAAUAUGGCUAGCACGGAGUGGCUACUCGGCACCGCGCCCAGUCGUUACUACCUUGAAUACGUGAAUGCACACCUGGAGGAUGAAAAUAUCCAGAGACUGUCCCAGUCUAAGCUUGGCCUCGAUGCAUCUGUCUUGAAUUGGCUACAGAAUCGAAACAACCUCGUGCUUCAUUGCGCAGUGAUGUCUCGCCCCUGCGAGGAAUCACAGCGACUGGUUCAGUACUUGGUGGACCAACACCCCGAAUGUCUCGAAGUCAAGUCAUCCGAAGGACACACCCCCGUCGCGCUGGCUAUUUCCCUUCACAGGUUGAGCUUCGCGCGUGUCUUGAUCAAAGCUGGUGCUAACCAGGCCGUUCGCGAUGCCGAAGGAUGCAAUCUUCUGCACUUGGUGCUGUGUGCCAUCUCAGGCAGCACUGCCAAACGCUCGGAAGAGAUCUCUCAACUGAUUGACCUCAUGGACAAGGAACAUGUCUCUACCAUGCUGACACAACGUGCUGGUGAAGGCUCACGGACGCCCUAUGCACGCUGGCUGCACAAGUACCCCGAUUUCGACUUCUCCGUCGAAGUUCAGCCGAAGGUCCCCAAUCUGCCUUCAGACAAGGAAGCCACCGGCUCAAUCACCAAACUGUUCCUGAACCUGGGAAAAUCCACCAACCAAAAGUUCCUGGAACUACUUGACGGCGCAGGAAACACGCCCGUGCAUGAGUGUGUCAAGCGGGGCUUCCCUCAAGUCCUGGAACCAAUCCUUGACCAUCGACCUGAUCUUCUCUACCGAGAGAAUGCUACGGGCAGCACACCGCUCGACAUGGCGGUUGAUGCAUGGGUAAACGAGACAACUCGCACAGUGCCCAAGGUUUCCGUUUCAACGGAUCGCUGGCCCGAGUGGCAGAACCUCACCGCGCGCCGACCAGAGUACUUUAUCAAGAACAGGGACUGGAGGACAAAGGCGCAGAUGAUGGUGGACGUCUGUCAGAAGCGGGCGCAGCAGAGCCCUCAGAAGAGAAGACUGGUAUCUCUCUUUGAAGCGAACGAAGUUGCUAAACGGCUGGCUACGAAGGAGAAGUCCCGUCCAGAUGAUGGGUAUGGGCACCGGUGCGAUCGGUAUGGACGCCGGAGAGGGCGGCAGGAGGAGGAAGAGAAUGAGAAGCUUGAUGAGGUUGCUUUGUGGGGAGGUCGGUUCUUCUACAAUUUGCUCAAUAACUAUCUCUACCGACAAAAUAUCGAUAGUGGAGCCUCUGCAUUGUCCUGGUGCGCUGAACACGGCGUCGAGAACAGUAUCCGGCGGUUGUUGGAACUACAGGCUCACGACAAGACCAAAAAUCGCCUGUUGCAUUAUAACUCAUUCAACUUUGUUGAUUCACCUCUGCGGUCCGCUAUCUGCUAUCACCACGCUUCGAUAGUCAAGCUCCUUCUUGAAUAUGGGGCAGGUAAAACGUGUGAUUUCCCAAUCUCGACUCCUCUCCAUACCGCGGUCCACUAUGGUAGCGAAGAGGUUGUUCGAAUAAUCUUGGAGCAUGGAAGUGAUAUCGAUUUAAUCACACCGAGAGGACAAACGGCUCUAGUUGUCGCCGUAAGGGAGCAAAGGCCAGAAAUAGUGAAGCUGCUUCUCAACUAUGGCGCUUGUCUGAACACAGAGCCGCAUGUUCCAGCCGAGGCGCAGCGGUACGAAGGACUUAUCUGGGCCACCCCUUUACAUACAGCCGUUGAUGAGCAAUGUGGCAACCGUGAUAUGGCAGAGCUACUUCUCUCAUAUGGGGCUGAUGUGAAUGUCCGACGUGGGGAUGGGGGUACUCCAUUACACUGGACGACGAGCGAGAUUAAUGUAGAUGAAUCUCGAUGGCUCCUGGAGAAUGGAGCAGAUCCAAACAUCCUUGAUGACAAAGGGUGCUCUCCGUUUCAUUGUGCGCUCGACCUUGGGGCUCAUGGCGCAGAACUCGUCAAGCUUCUUCUCGACCAUGGAGCCAAUCCAAAUUUGAGGAGGCGAGUGACACCUGCGAGCCUAGAACCGCACUUGCAUCCGUUACAAAUCCUGGACGGAAUGGAUUGUCCGGACAUUGAGAAGUUGCUUCGAGAUUACGGUGCUAAGCUUCCUGAGUCUGCAUAG